CUAGCGGAAUCUGAAACGCAAAACUGUAUUCAUGGCAGCCAGUGGCGGUUGCAGCUUCCUAACAUUAUCGUGUGCAGGUGCGGUGCCAAAUCAACAUGCGUCCCACCCAACAACGUUGUUCGGAGUUUCCCAAUUCCACCAGAGCAAGAUAAAACCACCGCGUAGGUUAGUGGUGGUGGCAGUGACUCAAGGCUCUACCGAAUCAAGCAAGUCCGAUGAAAAAAUCCCUUCUUGGGCCAAACCGGACUCCAAUGAACCACCGCCGUGGGCCCGGGAUGAGCCCAAUAACAAGAACUCGCAACAAGGAUUUGAAAUCCCGUUCUAUGCUUAUUUGCUUGCCUCUGCUAUCACCGCAAUCGCCGCUGUUGGUUCCAUUUUCGAAUAUGUGAACCAAAGACCCGUCUUCGGAGUCUUGUCCUCUGACAGCGUGUUUUAUGCUCCGUUGCUUGGCUUUUUUGUCUUCACCGGCAUUCCCUCCUCGGCUUUCCUGUGGUUCAAGUCUGUUCAAGCAGCUAACAAGGAAGCAGAGGAACAGGACAAGAGGGAUGGCUAUUCAUAGGGUGCUAGUGUUUCUGCAACCACAACUUUUGCUUCUGUGUUCAACACAAUGCCACCAUGUUAUGUUAUUGUAAGUUACAUGAGGAAAUUCCACAUAAUGUCAUGUUGUAUUGUAUGUCACAAUUGAGUGUGAAUAUGAAUAUUCAUGUUGUGUAUGAAUACAGAGAGUAGUACGAUAGCAUAUUUAUUAUUUAAUAUCAUGCCAUUGCAUAGUCUGCGUAA